AUGUGUGCUGCACUUCGACAUCUCUCUCAUCUCUAUCUCACGCUGCCCCCCCCUCUCCCUGCCGUGCCCUCACCUGCCUCUCUCCUCCCUGCCGUGCCCUCACCUGCCUCUCUCCUCCCUGCCGUGCCCUCACCUGCCUCUCUCCUCCCUGCCGUGCCCUCACCUGCCUCUCUCCUCCCUGCCGUGCCCUCACCUGCCUCUCUCCUCCCUGCCGUGCCCUCACCUGCCUCUCUCCUCCCUGCCAUGCCCUCACCUGCCUCUCUCCUCCCUGCCGUGCCCUCACCUGCCUCUCUCCUCCCUGCCGUGCCCUCACCUGCCUCUCUCCUCCCUGCCGUGCCCUCACCUGCCUCUCUCCUCCCUGCCGUGCCCUCACCUGCCUCUCUCCUCCCUGCCGUGCCCUCACCUGCCUCUCUCCUCCCUGCCGUGCCCUCACCUGCCUCUCUCCUCCCUGCCGUGCCCUCACCUGCCUCUCUCCUCCCUGCCGUGCCCUCACCUGCCUCUCUCCUCCCUGCCGUGCCCUCACCUGCCUCUCUCCUCCCUGCCGUGCCCUCACCUGCCUCUCUCCUCCCUGCCGUGCCCUCACCUGCCUCUCUCCUCCCUGCCGUGCCCUCACCUGCCUCUCUCCUCCCUGCCGUGCCCUCACCUGCCUCUCUCCUCCCUGCCGUGCCCUCACCUGCCUCUCUCCUCCCUGCCGUGCCCUCACCUGCCUCUCUCCUCCCUGCCGUGCCCUCACCUGCCUCUCUCCUCCCUGCCGUGCCCUCACCUGCCUCUCUCCUCCCUGCCGUGCCCUCACCUGCCUCUCUCCUCCCUGCUGUGCCCUCACCUGCCUCUCUCCUCCCUGCCGUGCCCUCACCUGCCUCUCUCCUCCCUGCCGUGCCCUCACCUGCCUCUCUCCUCCCUGCCGUGCCCUCACCUGCCUCUCUCCUCCCUGCCGUGCCCUCACCUGCCUCUCUCCUCCCUGCCGUGCCCUCACCUGCCUCUCUCCUCCCUGCCGUGCCCUCACCUGCCUCUCUCCUCCCUGCCGUGCCCUCACCUGCCUCUCUCCUCCCUGCCGUGCCCUCACCUGCCUCUCUCCUCCCUGCCGUGCCCUCACCUGCCUCUCUCCUCCCUGCCGUGCCCUCACCUGCCUCUCUCCUCCCUGCCGUGCCCUCACCUGCCUCUCUCCUCCCUGCCGUGCCCUCACCUGCCUCUCUCCUCCCUGCCGUGCCCUCACCUGCCUCUCUCCUCCCUGCCGUGCCCUCACCUGCCUCUCUCCUCCCUGCCGUGCCCUCACCUGCCUCUCUCCUCCCUGCCGUGCCCUCACCUGCCUCUCUCCUCCCUGCCGUGCCCUCACCUGCCUCUCUCCUCCCUGCCGUGCCCUCACCUGCCUCUCUCCUCCCUGCCGUGCCCUCACCUGCCUCUCUCCUCCCUGCCGUGCCCUCACCUGCCUCUCUCCUCCCUGCCGUGCCCUCACCUGCCUCUCUCCUCCCUGCCGUGCCCUCACCUGCCUCUCUCCUCCCUGCUGUGCCCUCACCUGCCUCUCUCCUCCCUGCCGUGCCCUCACCUGCCUCUCUCCUCCCUGCCGUGCCCUCACCUGCCUCUCUCCUCCCUGCCGUGCCCUCACCUGCCUCUCUCCUCCCUGCCGUGCCCUCACCUGCCUCUCUCCUCCCUGCCGUGCCCUCACCUGCCUCUCUCCUCCCUGCCGUGCCCUCACCUGCCUCUCUCCUCCCUGCCGUGCCCUCACCUGCCUCUCUCCUCCCUGCCGUGCCCUCACCUGCCUCUCUCCUCCCUGCCGUGCCCUCACCUGCCUCUCUCCUCCCUGCCGUGCCCUCACCUGCCUCUCUCCUCCCUGCCGUGCCCUCACCUGCCUCUCUCCUCCCUGCCGUGCCCUCACCUGCCUCUCUCCUCCCUGCCGUGCCCUCACCUGCCUCUCUCCUCCCUGCCGUGCCCUCACCUGCCUCUCUCCUCCCUGCCGUGCCCUCACCUGCCUCUCUCCUCCCUGCCGUGCCCUCACCUGCCUCUCUCCUCCCUGCCGUGCCCUCACCUGCCUCUCUCCUCCCUGCCGUGCCCUCACCUGCCUCUCUCCUCCCUGCCGUGCCCUCACCUGCCUCUCUCCUCCCUGCCGUGCCCUCACCUGCCUCUCUCCUCCCUGCCGUGCCCUCACCUGCCUCUCUCCUCCCUGCCGUGCCCUCACCUGCCUCUCUCCUCCCUGCCGUGCCCUCACCUGCCUCUCUCCUCCCCCACCAGACGCUGCUCAAGGUACCGGGCUUCGGCGACAACGUGGUGACGCACCUCAUCGCUGGGCUGGGCGCCGGUUUCUUCUUCUGUCUGCAUCGGCUCGCCCGUCGAUGUGGUCCGUGCCGCCCCACCUGCCGCCCUACCUGCCGCCCCGCCUGCCGCCCCACCUGCCGCUCACCCCGCCUGCCACUCAUACUUCCUGCUGCACAUCUCUUGCUGCUCACUCGUGCCCUCUCACUCGUGCCCUCUCACUUGUGCCCUCUCACUCGUGCCCUCUCACUCGUGCCCUCUCACUCGUGCCCUCUCACUCGUGCCCUCUCACUCGUGCCCUCUCACUCGUGCCCUCUCACUCGUGCCCUCUCACUCGUGCCCUCUCACUCGUGCCCUCUCACUCGUGCCCUCUCACUCGUGCCCUCUCACCGCACGCCUCUCUCAGUGCUCUCUCGUUUUAAACAUCCAUCCCUUCCUCCGCUCCUCCCCAUACUCCCCCUCCCAUCUCCCAUACCCACUCCCCCCCACUUCCCACACUCCUCUCACCCUUCCCCAUAUUCCUCUCACCCUUCCCCAUAUUCCUCUCACCCUUCCCCAUAUUCCUCUCACCCUUCCCCAUAUUCCUCUCACCCUUCCCCAUAUUCCUCUCACCCUUCCCCAUAUUCCUCUCACCCUUCCCCAUAUUCCUCUCACCCUUCCCCAUAUUCCUCUCACCCUUCCCCAUAUUCCUCUCACCCUUCCCCAUAUUCCUCUCACCCUUCCCCAUAUUCCUCUCACCCUUCCCCAUAUUCCUCUCACCCUUCCCCGUAUUCCUCUCACCCUUCCCCGUAUUCCUCUCUCGAGUCCUGCUGCGUUGUCGCACUGCUGCUGGCCCAAUCAUCUCAAAUUUCUCCAUUCAUCUGA